CCCCUCCCUCCCCCUGCCCCCUCCCGCCGGGGGCGCGCGAGAGCCGGGCGGGGCCGGCGUCCCUUCCGGGGAGCUGUGGCCGCCGCGGCGUCUCCGGCGGCUUCCCUCCGCGCCCCCCCCGCCCGCCCCGCAGCUCUGGGUGACGCUUCUCCAAUAACAGCUCGCGGGGAGCCGCCGCUCCGGGCGCCCCUCGGCGCCGGCCCCGCCAGCCCCGCCCCGCUGCCGGCAUGAGGGCCGCGGGCGACGGCGGCCUGGAGCGCUUCUGCAGCCCGGGCAAGGGCCGGGGGAUGCGGGCCCUGCAGCCCUUCCACGUGGGGGACUUGCUCUUCUCCUGCCCGGCCUACGCCUACGUGCUCACGGUCAACGAGCGGGGUAACCACUGCGAGUACUGCUUCGCCAGGAAAGAAGGAUUGUCCAAAUGUGGAAGAUGCAAGCAGGCAUUUUACUGCAAUGUGGAGUGUCAGAAAGAAGAUUGGCCCAUGCACAAGCUGGAAUGUUCUCCCAUGGUUGUUUUUGGGGAAAACUGGAAUCCCUCAGAGACUGUAAGGCUAACUGCAAGGAUUCUGGCCAAACAGAUGCACCCAGAGCGAACACCUUCCGAGAAGCUGUUGGCUGUGAAGGAGUUUGAAUCACAUCUGGAUAAAUUAGACAAUGAGAAGAAAGACUUGAUUCAGAGUGAUAUUGCUGCACUUCAUCACUUUUACUCCAAGCACCUUGAAUUCCCGGACAGUGAUAGCUUGGUGGUCCUCUUUGCACAGGUUAACUGUAAUGGCUUCACAGUUGAAGAUGAAGAGCUUUCUCAUUUGGGAUCGGCAAUAUUUCCCGACGUUGCAUUGAUGAAUCAUAGCUGUUGCCCCAAUGUCAUUGUGACCUACAAGGGGACCCUGGCAGAAGUAAGAGCUGUACAGGAGAUCAGCCCAGGAGAAGAGGUAUUCACCAGCUACAUUGACCUCCUGUACCCCACAGAAGACAGGAACGACCGGCUAAGAGAUUCUUACUUCUUUACCUGCGAGUGCCAGGAGUGCACCACCAAAGACAAGGAUAAGGCCAAGGUGGAAAUCCGGAAGCUCAGUGAUCCCCCAAAGGCAGAAACUAUCCGUGACAUGGUCAGAUAUGCACGCAACGUCAUCGAGGAGUUCCGGAGGGCCAAGCACUACAAAUCCCCUAGUGAGCUGCUGGAGAUCUGCGAGCUCAGCCAGGAGAAGAUGGGCUCCGUGUUUGAGGACAGCAACGUGUACAUGCUGCACAUGAUGUACCAGGCCAUGGGCGUCUGCCUGUACAUGCAGGACUGGGAAGGAGCCCUGCGAUACGGACAGAAAAUCAUUAAGCCCUACAGCAAGCACUACCCUCUGUACUCCCUCAACGUGGCCUCCAUGUGGCUGAAGCUGGGGAGGCUGUACAUGGGCCUGGAAGACAAAGCUGCUGGAGAGAAAGCCCUGAAGAAGGCCAUCGCCAUCAUGGAAGUGGCUCACGGCAAAGAUCAUCCGUACAUUUCUGAGAUCAAACAGGAAAUUGAAAGCCACUGAAACUACGCCAACACGUUCGUUUCUAUUUAAAUGCUAGUGCAGAAGCCUUCAAGGAUUUGAAUAUUUCCAGGCGUACAUACGACUCUUGCAUUUCUGUAAAAUCGCUGGAAUGAAAACACCUACUCGCCCUUAAACCUCACACAUGGCUUACCUGAAGUUGGUCUUAAUCUUUACUCUUAGUACCAAAAUGAUUUCUGAAUGCGUUCAUUGCCCUAAGAGAUAAUGACAUGGUUUCAUUUGUUACCCUAGACUUUGGACAGAUUGUUUUAAAAGAAUGCGAUUAUUUUUCCCUUCAUGUCUAUUAUAACGUUCUGAACACUGGAAUGAUGAGGGAGAAUAAAAAAGGUAACGGUA